AUGUUGCGGGGCGGCAUAACGGUUUCAAACAGUGGCUCGAACAGGCCCUCGGACAGUCUUCAACAGUGGGUCAAGCAGUCUCCAGCAGUCGGUCAAACAGUUUCAAACAGUGGCUCGAACAGGCGCUCGGACAGUCUUCAACAGUGGGUCAAGCAGUCUCCAGCAGUCGGUCAAACAGUUUCAAACAGUGGCUCGAACAGGCGCUCGGACAGUCUUCAACAGUGGGUCAAGCAGUCUCCAGCAGUCGGUCAAACAGUUUCAAACAGUGGCUCGAACAGGCGCUCGGACAGUCUUCAACAGUGGGUCAAGCAGUCUCCAGCAGUCGGUCAAACAGUUUCAAACAGUGGCUCGAACAGGCGCUCGGACAGUCUUCAACAGUGGGUCAAGCAGUCUCCAGCAGUCGGUCAAACAGUUUCAAACAGUGGCUCGAACAGGCGCUCGGACAGUCUUCAACAGUGGGUCAAGCAGUCUCCAGCAGUCGGUCAAACAGUUUCAAACAGUGGCUCGAACAGGCGCUCGGACAGUCUUCAACAGUGGGUCAAGCAGUCUCCAGCAGUCGGUCAAACAGUUUCAAACAGUGGCUCGAACAGGCGCUCGGACAGUCUUCAACAGUGGGUCAAGCAGUCUCCAGCAGUCGGUCAAACAGUUUCAAACAGUGGCUCGAACAGGCACUCGGACAGUCUUCAACAGUGGGUCAAGCAGUCUCCAGCAGUCGGUCAAACAGUUUCUUUAACAGUUUUCAAACAGUCACUCGAACAGACUCGAGCAUUUUCCGACAGUGUUGAAAGUGGGCAUGAAUAA